AUGAUUUUACUCGAAAACUGCGCUGCAGCGUUUGGAAAAUUUCCUGAAGUGGAAAAGAAUUCAGCCGUCAUGUUCGCGGCUAUUCAUAACAUCGUCCUCGCUAAAAUGUUCCUUCUGUUAUACCACAAGAAUUCUAUAAGGAAAUUGAACUAUGAAAUCGCAACCGUGAUGGAAAACAUUGAAGAGGAACGCGUUAUGAAAGAACAAUACCGGAAAGUAAAGUACGGAAUUACGCUUUAUGUUGUGAGUGUUUAUUUGUCGUUAGCGGCCUACGGGAUCGAGAGCUUGAGGAGGGCAAUCACUGAAGGAACACCCUUCUACACGGUGGUAACAUAUUUUCCGUAUUUUGAAGACACAUCUAUAAUAGCGACAGUCAUACGAACAUUCUUUUACAUCACAUGGCUUUAUAUGAUGCUUCCGAUGAUGUCUGCGGAUUGUAUGCCUAUCAUACACCUGAUUAUAAUGGCGUACAAAUUCAUUACAUUGUGCCAACAUUAUGAAACGAUUCGAGAGGAAUUCCAGAGAAAUAUUAAAAGGGACAGACGACAAGCAACUGAAAUCCUACAGAAGGGUUUCUUGGAAGGGAUCGUUAUUCACCAAAAACUAUUGUAG